AUGAAGACCGCUUCCGUCCUCGCCUUCGCUACCACGGCCCUGGYCGCCGCCGUGCCUGUUCCUCAAGCCGGAACCAGCUUUCCUCUGAGAUUUGGAGGACUUCCCUUGGCCGAUGACGGCACCAAGCUGGGCUUCGUCGCAGCCAAUGGCCUCGAAUUCGUCCUCGGAAAGCCCAGCAAAACCUACUGUCCGGAAGACUCCGUUGUCGACUGCAGCCAGACCAACAACGACUCCACCAUCUUCAGCUACUUGAAUGGCAAGGGAGUUGUCAACCUUGAUACUACCGUGCCUGGUGGCCAGCAGGUCUACGUCGCGGCCGGAGACGAGGGACAACAAGCUGGUCAGCUUUUGUUCACUCCUGCACACUCAGUCAAGACCUCUGGACCAGCUCUCUACAACGGCUUCGCCAUCGCGUACGACGCAAAGUUGCAAUUCGAGAAGCAGGACUGGUUCGCUUGCCCUAGGAAGCAGGAUGAUGGAUUCCUUGCAUAUGACAUUUGGGCUGCUUCUCGCUUUGUACCUGGCAGCGAUGAUGUGGACUGCGUUUCUUUCGUCUGGAAGAACCAGUAUGUCGAUAGCGACGUCAAGACUGCUUGGUCGUACGAGUAG